CGUCUUAAUGACGUUGACUUAGCGGACCGGCAGGGAGGCAGGCAAGAUGUCGGCAUCGUCUUUGCUGCAUGGUCCGUCUGCUCUGCGUUUGACUGAAGGUUUCUUGUCGGUUCUGAAGGAGCAGCGUCCCGAGUAUUUGCCCAGUUUACUGGACAGCUUCCGAGAGCAUGGCGUCUUCCGCACGCAGGGUACCAGCGCGGCAGCCGGUCUGCUUGGGUUUAGCAACGCCAAGCUGGCUUCCAGUAAGACCAAAUUUGAGGGGCUGUGUCUCCUCGCCAUGCUGGUUCAGGACAGUUCAUGUGAGCUGUUCCAGCAACACUGUCUCUCCUGGCUUCGCUCGCUUCAACAAGUCAUACAGUCCCAGGCUCCCGUUCAUACCAUCCAGCUGGCCGUGACCAUCUUAAAGGACUUGCUGCAAUAUUCGUCUCAGUUGGCAGAGCUGGCACGGGAGGUGGGCCUCAACUGCAUCCUGGGCAUCCUCACGUCACUGCUGGGUCUGAAGACAGAGUGUGAGCUAGCGGCCAUGGAGGGAAUGACGGCGUGUAUGACCUACUACCCCCGAGCGUGUGGAUCCCUGCGGGACAAGCUGGGGGCCUACUUUCUCUCCAAAAUGGACAGUUACAACAAGAAAAGCCAAGAGGUGGCUUGUCAGUGCUUCGGUUGCCUCCCCUGUCUGGGCGGUCUGACAGACCGAGCGUCGGGCACUGGCCGAGCCGACCGAUGGAACAAUCAGGUUCACUGCCUCGUGGCCACGGCCAAUGUCGCGCUGUCUCAACUUUACCUCGGCUCCGAACUGGACAGGACGGCGCAAUACGAGGGUCCCGGGGUGGAGCUCGGCUUUCCUCAUCUCGAUCAAUCGGAUCCCUUGCUGCCGCUGCAGCUCCAGCGUAGAUACACGGCCGUGUGUCUCGCGCUCAAGCACACGCUCGGGGUGGAUCCGGCGUCGGCUGUGCGUCUGCCCGUCAGACCCAUUCUCAAUCUGGUGUGUCGAGCUCUCGCUAUCAGCGCCAAGAGCAUCAAUUUAACCGGCGACGGCAGUGUGAGGCUGCUGCUCCUGCCUGCCAUUCACACCAGCACACUGGACGUCUUAACUGCGCUCUUCACUGUCGUGCGGAGCAGCAUGGUGCAGUACGCCGCGGUCCUCCAGAGGCUCUUUUCUCAAACCUUGAGUGCAUGGACGCCUCCGCCUGAAAGUAACCCCGGGCAGCAGAGAGCCUACAGCUCGGUGCGCGUGUCCGUGUACAGAAGCCUGGAAGCGUGGGUGCAGGUGGCCGGCGCGUCUGCCGGCAUCCUCCAGGGGAGCCCCAGCCACACCGAGCUCCUUUUUUCCCACCUCCUCGGUGACAUCACACCCGGGGCCGAGUCCGUCAAGCUCCGAGCUGGCUUGUCGGCUGAUGCGGUUCCCGGUGGCAAACCGGGCCCUCGCAGGACCAAACCGUUGGUCAUGGCUGAUGCAGUUGGGCCCUCCCUUCAGAAGAAAGGCGACAUUUUGGCCAACCAGGAUACCUGCCUUUCAGCUCUCAGGGCUUUAAGACAAAUCAUACUGACCAGCGGAACCCUCCUAAAGGAUGACCUUCACAAGCGUCUCCACGAGGUUUUGCUGCCGCUGUGCGUGCGCUUGCAGCAGCAGCAGUCCAGCUGCAACAGCACUUCCGAGUCUGCAGGGGGCGUCAGCGGGCAGUAUGGCGGCGUCCUCACUCGGCGGGAACUUUACAGGUUGUUGCUGGCUCUCGUCCUGGUUCCGUCCCCGACGUGGCCUCCGCCUCUCACCUGCGCCGUGUCUAUUCUCAGCAAAGGGCGCGCAGACCGCAACCUCAAGGUGUCCUCGUUCUGUAGCGAGGCACUGACUAUGUGUAACGCCCUGGUCCACCCGCGCGCUCCCUCCAUCGCCAUCCCCUUACCACCCCUCACACUGAAGUCCAGCCCUUCAGCUCCCGUCCUUGCGUCCUCUCAGGGCCCGACCCCCGGCCUGCCGUUACCCACCCUCCUCGGAGGCCCCGGCUCCUCAAGCCCCUUCCCCGCCGCCCGCCACUCGCUUGCUCUGCUGGGCUCUCUGGAGAACCACCUGUCUCUGGUUCCAGGCCACGCCUCAGGCGAUGCCAUUCUGUCCCCGCACGCGCACCACCAGCCAGAGCCGGCCAAUUUGGGCCCCCCGGAGGGGCAGAGACCUGUUUUUGUGCGCUAUGACAAAGAGGAAGCCGAGGACGUGGAGAUCUCGCUGGCCAGCGACUCUGACGACAGCGUGGUCAUCGUUCCUCCGGGGAUGCUCACGACGGAGACACGCGAGCCCGUCGAGAACGCGGCCCCGCCACAGAACCCGGCGGCCGCCACACCCGUGGGCGGUGCCGCCGAGCCCGUAGCGGUGGCUCCAGCUGUGACGGAUGGCGUUUCCCUCCCUGAUGACCCAGCCACCUCUUCCGCCUCGCCUCUUCCCGCCGCUGCUGUCAACUCCUUCGUUCCCCACACCUCCUCGGUGGUCUCUCUCGUUCCGCCGGUUGGCGAGGGGGAGACAGCGGCCGUCAGACCUCAGCUCCAGCAGAUGCUGAUGCAGCCCUCGACCCCCGGAGCCCUGGGGCUGCCCCUCCAAAUGCACCAGCUGCAGAACCAACUGGCCCCCCCUCAGGCAAGGCUGCCCGCCGACUCCAACAACGAAGACUCUGGCGUCAUCAACAUCAACAGCACGGACGAUGAAGACGAAGAGGAAGACAUGGAGGAUGACGAAGAGUUGGAGGAAGAUGAGGACGAGGAGGAGGAAGUCAGCGAUUUCCCUGAGGGCGAGUUUUAUGAGGGCGAGGAGUUUGACGAGUUUGAUGAGGAUGGGGAAGAGCUGGAGGAGGAGGAAGAUGAGGAGGACGAGGAGGACGAGGAAGAAGACGAGGGGCGUGAAGAUGGCACGAUGCCUUUGUUAGAGGGAGCGGAGGACAAAGCGAACGUGGGCGGCAUUGAGGAGGAGAAGGUGCCUUGUGCAGAAGUCAUGCUGCCCGCCUCAAGCACCGAUGGAGAAACCGUGGGAGGCAUCCAGGAGAUCCAGCUCAGCAGAGCUGACGUCGCCGACGAGCGUGCCCGAGUGCAGGAGGUGGAGAGCAUUGGAGUCCUGGAGGGGGCCAGAGAGGACGAAGAGGAGGAGGAGGAGAGGGAGAGGAUGGACGACCCCACCAUGCCUCAGAUCCUGUGCGUGACCGGAGGCGGUGUGCCAGAGGAGAGGGAAGAGCCGGUCGAGGACGAGACAACGGAAGCGGCCUCCUUUCGACGCGAGCCACCUGUCGCAGAGUUUCAACCGCCGCUGCAGCAGGAAGCUUUGUUGGCCCCCGCGCAGGAAGCGAGCACCGGUGACGACCAGCCGCCUGUCCUUCAAAACGAACUCAUGGCGGCUCCUCCCGAUAGCGGCAGCCCACUGCCUUCGGAACCCGCCGCCUUGUCAGGCCCUGAAGAGUGCCUCCAAGACGAAGAAAAGGCCAAAGACACGGAAGCACGUGAAGGGGCUGAGACGAAAGGAGUUAAGCGCAAAAGAGACAACGAGCUUGAGGACGAAGAGGCGGGACCAAGUACUGAUGAGAAAAAGAUGCAAGACGACUCCAUCGCCGCCAUGUUGGCCGAUUUUGUCCCCUGCCCACCUGACGACGACGAGGUUGCAGCCUCCGGGUCAAAGGUCUGACGAAAGAGGGCUGGCCGUGGUUGUUUUUGCAGUCUUGCAUCAUUUGUUUUGUUUCACACAAACCUCAGUUGGACAAUGAGACAUUUCAUUGACUGUCUAUCAAACUAAAGUAGUGAAGCCUUAUCGCUACACAGGCUAUGUGUAUAGUGUGCUCUCAUUUGUGUCUUCCUUGAGUUCAAGCUUUCUUUUGGGUUCUCUCGUCACAUGUCAUGUGCUUUGAUAUAAAAGAAUAAAAGCAUUGAAAAAAUGA